AGCAAAGAGCAGGACGUUGAGAAUCACUCCGGGAAAACAAUACGAACCAAACAACAGCGUCCUGGACAAUACGCUUUUUUACAUGAUGACAGUUGAGUGAAUACUAGACGAUUGUUAUCGGCUCCUCUCAAGGACAGAUUGAUCUGUUUUUACGUGGAUAGAGUCCCAUCACCCGGAGCCGGUUACAGUAGUGUGUGCCAGUCACCUAUGAGAAGUGACUGAAGUGAGUGUGUGUGGUGGUUCUGAUUCUCAGGGAUGUGUCAUGGCAUCGGUUCGGGUGGCAGUGCGGGUCCGGCCCAUGAACAGACGGGAGAAAGACCUGUCUGCCAAAUGCAUCAUCGAAAUGGAAGGCAACAAGACCACCAUCACCAACUUAAAAAUACCAGAUGGAGUGACUGGAGACUCUGUAAGAGAGAGAGCAAAGACCUUCACAUAUGAUUUCUCUUACGACUCGUCGGACAGUAAAAACGGCAGCUUUGUCUCACAGGAGAAGGUGUUUAAGGAUCUAGGCACCGACGUGUUGAAGGCAGCAUUUGAAGGAUACAACGCCUGCAUCUUUGCUUAUGGCCAGACUGGAUCGGGGAAGUCGCACACCAUGAUGGGAAUGCCUGGUGACGUCGGGCUGAUCCCACGGAUCUGUGAAGGAUUAUUCAGCCGGAUUUCAGGAAUGACUCGGAGAGAUGAAGCCUCUUUCCGUACGGAAGUCAGCUAUUUGGAGAUUUACAACGAACGGGUGCGGGACUUGUUGAGGAGAAAGAUGGCCAAGACGUAUAACCUCAGAGUUAGAGAGCAUCCUAAAGAGGGACCCUAUGUAGAAGACCUGUCAAAGCACCUGGUGCAGAACUACAGCGAUGUGGAGGAGCUGAUGGAGGCGGGAAACAUCAACCGCACCACAGCCAGCACCGGCAUGAACGACACCAGUAGCCGCUCGCACGCCAUCUUCACCAUCAACUUCACACAGGCUAAGUUUGAUGCUGAGAUGCCGAGUGAGACGGUCAGUAAGAUUCAUCUGGUGGAUCUGGCAGGAAGCGAGAGGGCCGACGCCACCGGGGCCACUGGUGUCCGUCUCAAAGAGGGCGGCAACAUCAACAAAUCACUGGUCACUCUGGGAAACGUCAUCUCCGCCUUGGCUGAUCUGUCUCAGGAAGGAGGGAACAGUCAUUUGAAGAAGAAGCAGGUGUUUGUUCCUUACAGAGACUCGGUGCUCACAUGGCUCCUGAAGGACAGUCUAGGAGGAAACUCAAAAACCAUCAUGAUCGCUACGAUAUCGCCUGCGGACAUCAACUACGGCGAGACGCUGAGCACUCUGCGCUAUGCUAACCGUGCCAAAAACAUCAUCAACAAACCCACGAUUAAUGAAGAUUCCAACGUUAGACUGAUCCGGGAGCUGCGGGCGGAGAUCGUUCGGCUGAAAGCGCUGCUCGUGCAGGGAGCUCAGAUAGCGCUGCUUGAUUCCCCCACGGCGUUAAGUAUGGAGGAGGAACUGCAUCAUAAUGAAGCCAGGGUGUUGGAGCUGACCAAGGAAUGGACGAACAAGUGGAAUGAAACCCAGAACAUCCUCAAGGAAGAAACUCUUGCUCUGAGGAAGGAGGGAAUCGGAGUGAUCCUGGACUCCGAGCUUCCUCAUCUUAUCGGGAUUGAUGAUGAUCUUCUCAGCACCGGCAUCAUUCUCUAUCACUUAAAGGAGGGAAGGACGUACGUUGGCCGUGAUGAUGCCACUAACGAACCGGACAUCAUUCUUCAUGGUCUGGGUCUGGAGAGUGAGCACUGUCUGAUAGAGAAUCGGAACGGGACGGUCACUCUCAUUCCUCUGAAUGACGCUCAGUGUUCGGUCAAUGGAGUUCAGAUCACUGAGAACUGUCAGCUCAACCAAGGUGCUGUCAUUCUCCUUGGCAGAACCAAUAUGUUCAGAUUUAAUCAUCCUAAAGAGGCAGCUAAACUGCGAGAGAAGAGAAAGAGCGGCCUCCUAACCAGUCUGAGCUUAUCCAUGUCUGACCUGUCCAAAUCCUGUGAAAACCUCUCCACAGUCAUGCUGUAUAACCCUGGUCUCUUCACUGAAAAGGGUCCCAUCUUUCUCAGACUGGAGUUUGAAAGGCAGCAAAGAGAAGAACUGGAAAAACUGGAAACUAAAAGGCGGCUGAUAAAAGAGAUGGAGGAGAAGCAGAAGUGUGAGAAGGCGGAGCUUGAGCGCAUGCAGCAGGAGGUGGCGUCUCAGAGGAAGGAGUCCGAGCAGGUGCAGCUGCGCAUACGCAGACAGGAGGAGAGUCUGCGCAGACGCAGUCAGGACAUCGAGAGCCGCCUCAGGGACUUGAUCGCUGAGAAAGAGCGAUUUCAGGAGGAGAGACACCGAGAGCAGAAGGAGCAGGAACAGCAGAAGCAGAGGAGAUUACAACCGAAGCAGAAGCUGGAGGAGAAGGAGGUGCAGGAGGACGAUCUGGAGGAGGAGGAGGAGGACAAGACUCAGGCCCAGCGAGAGCAAGCAGAACAAACCGAGCUCUUCCGUGAGCUGGAGCGGCUCAAACGAGAGCGGGAGGAGCAGGCCGUCAAACUUCAGCUAGAACGCAGGCGUCUGGAGGAGCGUGAGAAGGAGCAGCUGAGUCUGGUGGGGCGUCUGGAGGAGCAGCUGAGGGAGCGCAGCGAGGAGGCGUCCGUCCUGCUCACUCCUGAUGAAGCUCGGCGACUGGAGGAGGAGAGGCGCACGCUCACCGAGCUCAAGGAGGAGCUGCUCCGAGCGAAGGAGGCGCGCAUCGAUGGAGAGGAGGAGGAGAGCGGGGAGGAGGCCCGCAGGAGCGCGCAGGCAGCCUACCAACAUUUCAAGCAGACGCAGGUGGAGGAGCUGGCUUUGCUGGAGGAGUCGCUGAUCCAGCAGGAGGACCGACUGGAACGGGAGGUGGCCAAUGAGCGCACGUCUCUCGGCCUCUUGCUGCACGCGCACAAGGACAAACAGAGACAGGUCCGUGACGUGACGGAGCGUGGCAUUCAGGACGUGUCGUCUCUGGGUCAGGAGGAGGCUCUGAUCCAGCAGGCCGAACACAGGUUGCAGUUUAAAGAGAGACAGCUCCUAUUUCUCCGUGAGAAACAGCUCCCCGCUGUCUCCGAGGAGCGCCAGAGAGCCAGCGAGCUCCUGGAGAGAGCGAGAGGGGGAACAGGCUCUCCUGGUUUGGACAGAAGUUCAGAAGAAAUGGACAAAGAACUGGAUGAGACUCUGUAUCAGGUUGAGAAGGAGCUGGAGGAGAAGGAGGAGCGCUUGUCUCAGUACAGCGCGAGCGCAGAGCAGUUGCAGCAGCUGCAGCAGUCGUACGAGUUCACCGCAAACGUGGCCCGACAGGAGGAGAAGGUUCGCAGGAAGGAGAAGGAGAUCCUGGAGUGGAGGGAGAAACAGCAGCGGGAGGCUCUGGAGCAGGCGGUCGCGCGUCUGGAGCGGAAACACUCGGCCUAUCGCAGGAGCCUCAGCCUGGAGUCGGACCCUGAAGGGCCCCGCAAGAGGUCACAGUCCGCGCUGAGCACUUCCAGGUCUACAGGAACACAAGACCUGGAACAGGACAGGAUGGAGCGAGAGAUUGCCCAGCUGAAGCAGAGGAUCAGUGAGAGUGAAGGAAGUGUGCGGAGUCUAAGCGUGAGCGGGGAGGAAAAGAACAAUGUGAGCCAGUCGCCCGUCAGCCCCAUGCAGACCCUCCCCAGCGUGCUCUCUGUAGGAGACGAGAGGUUAAACGCGUAUAUUGAAGAAGAGGUCCAGCGGAGGCUGCAGAAACUGAACCUGCUGAACAGAGAGAACAACAACACACUCUCGCUGUCCUCAGACUCACUGCAGGAGGAGGAGCUGGAUAGUGACGGUAGCUCUGUUAGAUUGACGGAUGAGGACAACGAUAAAAAACGCUUGGAUCCACGCAAACUGAAAUAUGAGCGACUGGUGUCGAUUCCCCUGGAUCCGAGUCCAGAGAAUCUCAAAGAUCCCGUGAAGAUCAGUAUCCCACGUCACGUCCUGUGCGGACAAGGCAAGGACGAGCACUACGAGUUUGAAGUCAAGAUCACUGUUUUGGAUGAAACGUGGACGGUGUUUAGAAGAUACAGUCGUUUUCGGGAGAUGCACAAGUCUCUGAAGCUGAAAUAUCCAGAGCUCGCGGCUUUGGCCUUCCCUCCCAAAAAGAUUUUUGGAAACAGGGACGAAAGAAUGAUUGCGGAGCGCCGGAGCCAGUUGGAGCAAUACCUGCGCAACUUCUUCCAUGUGAUGAUGACAUCAUCAUCCGCCUCCCCUCUGAGAACGGACGAGUGUGGAUUACAACUCUCCAAACACGCCGUGUGCGACAUCUCUCCUUUCUUUAAGAAGGGAGUAUUCGACUACAGCAGUCACGGGACGGGCUGACACACACACACACACCAAUAAACACACACACACACACUAAUUUAUUUGCACUUUAUGCAGCUCUCUGAUACACACACACACAUUAAUACAAACUGAUUCACUCACAAACCAAGACAUUUUACCCUAAAAUCAAAGGGAAAAAAAUAAGAAAUUAUAUUCUCCAUUUAAAACUUUAUUUGCAUGACAAUUAAGCACGUUUUAAUUAACCUUCUAAUUACACUGAGGGUUUUUUGUUGUUAGUUAUCCUACUGUCUGUUUGUUAGUCACGUUAAAAAUUACUAAAAUAUUUUUUAUUAUUAAAAAAAAACACCACCAAUCCUACCAUACUUUAUAUAUAUAUAUUUUCUUCAUAUUGUCAUGCAAAUAAUAUCAUAAUGGAAACAAUGCUAAUAAUAAAAAAACGCUUUUUUUCCCCUUUUUUUGGGGAAAUAUGAUCUGGAUUCACUCGUAUAUUCUCGUGAACACACUCAGGAAAGUUGGAAAUCAGGUGGAAAAGAUUGAAAGGAUUCCAAAGUAGAUGUAAAUAGUUUUGUUAGUGCCUUGUCGGCUGUAAUCGAGCUUUAAAAUGCAUCAAAGAAAAUGAAAUAUGUUAACAUGACAACCGAUGGUCACCAUUAACAUGAUUCGUACAUCUUGUGUUUACAUCGAGGACCAUGAAGCCUUUUUCUGUGGACAAACAGGACGUCCUGUAGCUGCUACUUGGGUUUGUGAUUCACUUGUGAUUGAUGUUUAAGUUGCUGGAUAUAAUGAAUCGCCACUACUUUACUUUGUUGAAACUGCCAUUGAUGAGAACGGAGGCCUCUGAUUGGCUCCAAUCCAUAUAUACUCAUUAUCAUCCAUUAUAGUCAUGCUAACAUUUAGCAGAUAUGUGUUUUGGGGUCAAAGCUCACAAAAUGCCACAUGUACUGAGAGCCAACGUCUUCCAGAACCUUAGAUUGGAAACGAUUGUCCUUCUCACUGCCCUAGACGCAGUUAAAGGGCUUUUAAUGUAGAAUAUGCUGUAUGAAUUUGGAGAAAGAAGAUAUGAAGCCAUAUGUAUAUUGUACACUUGAUCUGUACAGAGGAGCUUGUUCUCGUGAUGUUUGAAGGAAAGGGAUAGUACUGCUAUAUUAGCCGUUAGGAUUUUCUUGAGCUAGUUUAAAAGAGUGCAAGAUGUAUACAUUUUUAAAACACUAUUUUCAUUUGCUUUUUUAUUCCUGAAACUGAAUGUAAUCAUUUGUGAGUAACAUGAUUUGGUAACUCAGUUUUAGAGAGUAAGGCAAACUGUUUAGCACGAUAUUCAUGGUUUAUUUAUGUUGGAGUAC